AUGAACGUCCGCGACCCCUUCAACCUUCGCAACGGCAGCUUGAACCGGCCUUCAAUCGCCACGUGGAAGGGCAACAGGAGCUACCAUACGAACAACGCAGGCGUUAGGAGUAAUAAUAACGACAGCUUUGCUCCUCUGCAUCAUAUCAUUCGCACCGCUGCAACCGCCACCCAGUCUGCCGCUGCUGAGAUCCGCGACAAGGCCACCGAGGCCGUCCAAACGGCACAGCAGGCUCUCGCAGAGGCCACGUCUGCCGCUCUCGACGCCGACACCGAUCUCGACGGUACCAAGUCCAACCUCGAUCUCGAAAAGGCUGUAAGGUCACCUCCGCAGUCGAGAAGGCUGCCCUCUAAUCCCGCACAACCUAACGACCGAACCCUCCCUAACAACGAACACCGCGACCACUCCCAACAACAGCAACAACAACCCGAGGACAUGUCCUUCGCCGUCCCCAAAAAUGUCCCCUCCUUCUCCAACCCCCAACGCCACUUCGAAGACCAGCUCUGGGCCCCCGCCGCCUCCCGCCAACGCCCCACAGCGUCCUCUGUCCUAAACAACGUCCAAGACUUCAUUGCCUCAGGCGGCAGUAGUAGAGGGGGCGCCGGCCUGCCCAUGUACAAGGAUAAACCGUACCUGUACCCGCCAGGGGGCGGCGGGGGGUCAUAUGUGCCUGGGGGCAGAAGGCGGAGGAAGAGGACGUGUUUGUUUAUGUUGGUUGUGUUGGGGGUGUUGGUGUGGUGGUCGGGGUUGUUUGCGGGGCAUGGGGAAAGUGCGGUGGAUAGGUUGAAUCAGUGGAAGGGGUGGUUGGGGAGAGAGGAUGGGGGUGGAAGGGUGGAUUGGGGGGAGAGGAGACAGCAUGUGGUGGAGGCGAUGGAGUUGAGUUGGGAUGCGUAUGAGAGAUACGCUUGGGGAUAUGACGAGUUCCAUCCUGAGUCUAGGACGGGCAAGAACAUGGCGCCCAAGGGUCUGGGCUGGAUCAUCAUCGACUCGCUCGACACGCUGAUGAUUAUGAACAUGACGUCGCGACUGACACAUGCCCGUGAGUGGCUGGCCAAGUCCCUGACCUGGGACCAGAACCAGGACGUCAACACCUUCGAGACCACCAUCCGUAUGCUGGGCGGUUUGCUCUCGGCACACUACCUGUCUACCGAGUACCCCGAACUGGCCCCAAUACCGGACGACGACCCCGGAACCGCAGGCGAGGACUUGUACUUAGAGAAGGCUAAGGACCUGGCGGACCGGCUGAUGGCUGCGUUUGACUCGCCGUCCGGCGUACCGUAUGCCAGUGUCAACUUGGCCAAGUACGAAGGCAUCCAGUCGCAUGCCGACAACGGGGCAUCGUCGACCGCGGAAACGACGACGCUGCAGCUCGAGUUCAAGUACCUCGCCAAGCUCACGGGCGAGAAAGAGUUCUGGGACCGGGCCGAGAAGGUGAUGAAGGUGGUGGACGACAACGGCGCGGUCGAUGGGCUCGUGCCCAUUUUUAUCUACGCAACCACAGGCAAAUUCCAGGGGGGCAACAUCCGGCUCGGGAGCCGCGGCGACUCGUACUACGAGUAUCUGAUCAAGCAGUACCUCCAGACCAACAAGAAGGAGCCCAUCUACCGCGACAUGUGGCGCGAUGCCAUGCAGGGCGUGCGCAAGCACCUCAUCACAUACACCGAACCCUCCCAAUUCACCAUUCUCGGCGAGCGGCCCGGCGGUCUCACCGGCGCCCUAUCCCCCAAAAUGGACCACCUCGUCUGCUUCAUGCCCGGCACCAUCGCGCUAGCCGUCACCGACGGCCUGACCGAGGCCGAAGCGCGCAAGCUGCCGACCUGGACCGCGCAGGACGACGCCGACAUGCAGCUCGCCCGCGAGCUCAUGCACACCUGCUGGGGCAUGUACAAAUACAUGGCCACCGGCCUCGCGGCCGAAAUCACCUACUUCAAAAUCGCCGACCCCCCACUUCCCGAAUCCGCACCGCACCAGGCCCCGGCCGAAUUCGACCCGGCCCCGGACGCCCCCUGGCGCGCCGACUUCGAAGUCCGCCAGUUCGACAGCCACAACCUCCAGCGGCCUGAGGCGGUCGAGAGUUUGUUGUACAUGUGGCGCAUCACGGGCGACGUGCGGUACCGCGAGUGGGGGUGGGAAAUGUUUAAGAGCUUUGCCAACUACACGGCGGUAUCCGAGGGCGGCACGGGCGGGUUCACGAGCUUGUCUAAUGCUAACAAGAUCCCACCUAUUACGAGGGAUAAUAUGGAGAGUUUCUGGCUGGCGGAGACGCUCAAGUAUUUCUAUUUGCUGUUUUCGGAUAGCGAUUUGCUGCCGCUGGAUAAGAUUGUGUUGAAUACGGAGGCACAUCCGCUGCCGCGGUUUGAGAUGGGGCCGUUGUUUGAGACGGGGUGGAAGAGGAAGGCUAGGGGGGCUGAUGGGAAGAUUGUGGAGGAGGAGAAGGAGAGUGAGUGA